AUGCCUUCUUUAGAUGCAGUAACACUUAUAGAGCUUCAGCGUAUGCUUCAUAUUACUAACCCAUAUGUUCAUGUUUUUCAGCAAACAGGUAGUAUCUUGCUCCAAAAUCCGUCUCAACAUUUGACUAUGAUAAUAAAAGACUCUAGAGCAGCUGAUUCAUGCCAAUAUAAUCUCCCAUGUGCUUUAGAAAUUGCAGCUAUCAUAGUUGGAGAACCUAAUAAUGAAACUGAAAUUUGUAAUCGUGAUAUAAUAAUUCGUUCUUAUGAAGGUGGAUUACAACGUAUAACAGAAUUGCAUAGAGCAUAUGUACCAUUGCAUUAUGUUCUAUUAUUCCCUAGAAGUGAAGAUAGAUGGCAUCUACAAAUUCCUUUGCGUCACAUUACAGAUCUUUUGCAAUCACCUAUUGAAGACGAUCCAAACACAUAUGACGAAAACGAUGAAUUGGAUAAUGAAGUUGAUGUUAGAACUCGAAAAUAUGUUACUAUGAUGCAAUAUUACUCUUAUUCUAAAAGCAACUACAUCAAACUUCCUGACCACAUUUAUGUUUCAUCCAAAAAUCUGCUCGAAUUAAUCGAUUUUAUUUACCCUAACAUUACUUUAAAUUCCACUAACUCAAACUAUUUUCUAGAACGUGGAAUUCUCGCUCCAAAAAAUAUUGAUGUUUCUUUUAUCAAUUCGACCAUUAUGACCAU